UGAUGCAAUUCACAUUUCCAUGUACUAUAUUGGCAACAUAUUGAUCAAGGCUCAAGAGUGCAUGCCUGCUACCUCUGGUUCAAGCUAUUGUCAUUCUAGUUACACUAGCAGUACUCCACGCCCCCCUGCCACCAUUAUUUCCAUGCCUUAUGUUCCUGGAUUCUCCAGCUACGCUGCUGGAAAUCCCUCCCUGCAACUUCAAAUACAGCAGAUCUGUCACGAAGCGGCAGAGGCGGAGUGACUAGCGGAGUGACUAAGCAAGGCAGUGAGGCGGAGCGACUAAUCAAGUCAGUGAGGCAGAGCGACUAAG